GAAGGGGCUCAGGAGCAAGGACAGCAAUAUCUACAGAGCAACGUUGUGGCUCCUCCUGGAAAGCGGAGACGCUGAAGGCGGCCAGGGCUGUAUCCGCUCAGUCCCGUGCGGGGCUCCAGACAGCUGGCGGUGCAGCAGGGCUGCCUGCUUUCCCUGCCUCCUCCUCCUCUACGGAGUGGAAAUCUCCACGUGCUGUGUUCUGACAAACACCUCAAACCAGCUAUGAGAAAAGUUUUUUAGCCUGUGUGCAUGAACUGGAAUCUUGGAAGGAUUAGCCUAACUGGUAAUUGAAUUUGCAAAGACUGAAAGUCCAGGUGCUUUCAGGUGAGUGGAGAACAGGACAGGAAUGAGACUGUGACUAUAUGGAGAAUGCGCUGUGGGGCUGUGGCUCAUCCACGCUCUGCUCCACUAUUCCUUCUGCAGGGACCAUGGAGAACAUGUGCUGAGACCAAGUGCCAGGCAGGAGCAGCAACAAGCUGGUGAAGAUGGAGAAUGGCACAGGCGACGAGCAGAACCAUACUGGGCUGCUGCUGUCAAGCCAGGAGAUCGUUACAGCUGAAUACCAAGUGGUUACCAUCCUCUUGGUCCUCCUCAUCUGUGGACUGGGCAUCGUGGGCAACAUCAUGGUGGUCUUGGUGGUCCUCAGAACCAAACACAUGAGAACUCCCACUAACUGCUAUCUGGUUAGUCUGGCUGUGGCAGAUCUCAUGGUGCUUGUGGCUGCAGGACUACCUAACAUCACAGAAAGUCUGUACAAAUCCUGGGUGUAUGGCUACGUGGGGUGCCUCUGCAUCACUUAUCUCCAGUACCUAGGGAUCAAUGCUUCUUCUUUUUCCAUCACUGCUUUCACCAUCGAGAGAUAUAUAGCUAUCUGCCACCCAAUCAAAGCUCAAUUCCUAUGCACAUUUUCAAGAGCUAAAAAGAUCAUUAUUUUUGUCUGGUCUUUCACCUCAGUAUACUGUAUGCUCUGGUUUUUCCUAUUAGAUCUCAAUAUAGCAGUCUACAAAGACACUACUGUUGUGUCUUGUGGCUACAAGGUGUCCAGGAGCUAUUACUCUCCUAUCUACAUGAUGGACUUCGGAAUAUUUUAUGUUUUGCCAAUGGUAUUGGCAACUGUCCUCUAUGGCCUGAUUGCUAGAAUACUGUUCCUGAAUCCCAUCCCUUCGGACCCAAAAGAAAACUCUAACACAUGGAGAAAUGACAUGGCUCAACAAAACAAGACUGUGAAUUCCAAGAUGACUAACAAGAGUUUCAAUAGCACUAUUGCUUCUAGAAGACAGGUUACCAAGAUGUUGGCUGUGGUGGUAGUCCUCUUUGCAUUUCUGUGGAUGCCCUAUCGAACACUGGUGGUUGUCAAUUCCUUUCUCUCCAGUCCCUUCCAAGAAAACUGGUUCCUGCUAUUUUGCAGAAUCUGUAUUUAUUUAAAUAGUGCCAUCAAUCCUGUAAUUUACAAUCUCAUGUCCCAGAAAUUCAGAGCAGCCUUCAGGAAACUCUGCAACUGCCAUCUAAAACGGGACAAGAAACCUGCCAAUUACAGUGUGGCCCUAAAUUAUAAUGUCAUCAAAGAGUCUGAUCACUUCAGCAGUGAAAUAGAAGAUAUUACUGUCACCAAUACCUAUUUGUCCUCUGCAAAAACAUCCAUUGGUGACACGUGUUUGUCUUCUGAGGUAAGAAUUAAUGCCUGUUAGUAUUUGAUGUGUAUUCCUUAUAAAACAGCAUGCUGAUGUGCAGUGGGUGGUGCUGGGAUAACUUUCAGGUGGGGCAGCACAGUGAGGGGCAGGGUAAGGCUGGUGGCAAUGACUGGCAUGCCACUAAACAGGACAAUGUCAUUACUUUAUCUGCCUGGGUCUGGAAACUGAUGGUCUCAAAGUUCCUUGUGCUGGGCAUGCUGUGACCAGGAGAACAUGGUGCAUGCUGAACGGUGAGGAAAAACACAUAGGUUAAGCCUUACUCCUUGACAAGCAGAGGGCAGUGGGGCAUUUUCUUGUUGUGUCACCUUUUGGCUCCAGCUCAGGGUUAAUUAACCGGGUGGCACCAUGCAGCUGGCACAAAGAGAAGACACAGAUGUUCUUCACAGCAGCACUCCAGUCCUGCAAAGGCACGCCCAUUUCCCAGCUAGAUGCACCAUGUCCAUAUGUAGCACAUCUCUAACCCAGCUCUCUUCAUAUAAUGAUGCACGUUGCUGUUUUCAAGAUACUUUUUUUUUUAUGCAGCAGUGCUUACCUAUUCUUAAGUCCAUAUACAUAAAAUCUUACAAUGUAGAUAAUUCACGGGGUGACGUGCUUUUUAAUUUGUUUGCAGAUGUAAUGAAGAUGGAAGAUAUUUAUUUCACAGUUUGUUUCAUCUCUCUAAUUUUCAGGCCUGAGACCCACCUUGUUCUGAGUAUGCAGUCAUACAAAUCCUUCAGAUGAUCUCUCUGCACCAACCUGUAUGAAAUAUAAAGGCAUUUCUGCUCACCAAAUAGCAGGAUUUACCAUAGAUCUCUACAUACCUGUCAGCAACAUGAAAGAAAACACAGUUUCUUGGGGAUUUAAAACAAUACACCACUGGAUCCAGUUGAAUGAAACACUAAACAAAACUUUAAGAGGUGAACGGACUUCAGUGGAAUAUGCAAGUACUUCACCUUGUGUUGUGAUCUCCAAAACAGCAAGGCUGACCUGCAGACAAAGAGACAGAUAGUAAAACCGAGAGAACUGCUCUCCUACUUCUGCUAUGUAUACUGGAAGGACUCAUACCACAUGUCUGAGAACAGCCAUAACCACUACUUAUGACAGUAACUGUCCUCCAUGGACUCCAUCCUCCCUCAGAAAUGCAGCUCUAAUUGUAGGCAUCAGCACGCUCCAAAACAAAACCAGAUAUCUGAUGGCAAAGAGUAUGAAAUCUUUGUUUUUUUCUUUUACCUUGAACAGCAUGAAAUAGGAGGGCUUUUCAAUCAAUUCACAGCAGGGACUAAACAAAUGAAAAAAUCAGUAGGAAGCUUUCAGAAUUCUUCUUUCUUCAGCAAGCUAGUUUAGGGAUGGACCACUUGAAAUAAAUCUUGUCUGAACUUCACAUAUAUUGAAGAGUAUUCGACAGGCUUUUACUAGUUAAUUUUGGUCUAGUUCAAUAGUUGUCUCUCAGGCUGCUGCUAGGGCUUUAUAGCUUUGCUAAUGUCUAAGGAAAAGAGGAAAACACAGUAAAAAAGUCAGGUUUUUUUUUUCAUUUUCCUUUUCAGAUGGUAUCCAAGAGAAGACAUGAUGAAAGUAUUGCUACUUUUUCUCAAUAUUCCAAGUUCAUUGUAAUGUUUCCUUUACAUUCUCACCUUUUGCACUGUUUUUAUGAUAGGGAGCCAGAAACAGAAGCUGAUAUUAUAGGCAAUGAGUUUCCAUGCUGCACUUACCUGCUGGGCUCUGUCUGCAGUUGAUCCAGCUGCAGAGGGUGCUGAUCUCUAUGGCUUAUCCCAGUUCCCUGUGAGAAGCCACCAUCACUUCCCAGUUGCCAGCUUAGCUAUGUGCAUACACUUCUCAUUGCUCCAGACCUAUUCGUGUUUGUGCUAAAAUUAUGAGAACAGAAACUCAAGACGAUGCCUAUGUAUUAUUGUUUGUUAUGAACUUUCACAGCUUUUGUGCACAACAUGUAAGAAGCUAUGAAAAAAAAAAACAUUCAGCUCAAAAUCUAUCCAGCGUGGGCUAAAAGGAGUAGCCUCAAUAGCAUCAGUGGAGGGGUACAAAGGAGGCAAGUCAGCCAAGCACUUGUGUAAUAACAGUAACUCAAACUUACACAUUUGUCAUGACCACCUUCAGAGUAGAUCAGGUUGAAGUGGAACUCUUACAGGUUAACAACACCAGAAUUAAAUUCUAUCCUUCAUUUGCCUUCUUGCUCCAAAAGUAUCUCUGCUUUCUCAGCCUGUGCCUCCAUACCUCUUUUUAAAGACCAUAUUCUGAGUAAGAUUUCAGCAAAAGUCUAGAAUUCAUGUAUGCAAUUUCGUAGGCACCUUCACUUGCAGUAGCAAAAAAAGUGAAUGAUUUCAGGCUGAUGUUUAUCUGUACAAAAAUAAAUAUCUAUGCAUACAAAAUUGUGUGCAUAAAGACAAAUUGCAGAUGUAAGUUCAGGUGCAGUUUUAAUUCAUUGUUUAUUGUGACUUUACAGAUGCUAUUCCGAAAUACAUUCCAAUUUUACGCUUACCCCUACAGCUAAUGCAAUGAAACUUUGACAGAGACCAUGUUGGUGUGACUUUAGAUCUAGUACUAUGUUUGUUCUUCUGUAUAUAACAGCAACCAGCCGUUUUUCUUGUAUCUACACUGUAGAUUAGAUGUGUGAGACUGUAUUAAAGAACUUGUGUGCUUUUGUUUAUUAACAAUAUUAUAGCAAAAAAUUUUUGCUGGAUGUGAAAGUAACUAGAUGUCAACUACUGACUGAAGUAAUAUAACUAUUUAUGUUCCUCUGUAACAUUUAGCUUGAAAGAAGUGUAUGAACCAGAGCAAUAUUGAAAUCUAUGUCUGUAUCUUCAUUUCAUGGCUUUGACGUAAGAGAUGGGGUUCUUACUUCACUGUUAUUUGGAACUUCACUCAAUAAUUGACCGAAGAAAUACUGCUCUAGCAUUUUAUUUUGGAUCUGCUGUGAAAUAGUGAGCUUCAGUGCUGGUAACUUGUGUGGUUGUGAGAGGUUUGAUAUAUUUAAAACACAGUAGUUGAAAUUAGUGCACGGCCUCCUGGAGGGAAGAGUUAACGAUAUAUAUUAAAGCAGCUCCAAUAACAUUAUGGAUGGGUUUAUGAUGCUGCUGUGGAAAUGAAUGGCACAAAUCAAAUGAUGAAAUUCUCACUAACUUCACUUCACAGAAGUAUAGCCCAGUACAACUGAGCCUGAUGCUCCUUCAGAAGCUGCUGCCUAGCUCUUGUACUACAAAGGAUCAACCACACAGCUUUUACAAGCAGAAAAACUUUCCUUGAUUGUUUUUAAAAAGCCAUUGUAAAAAACAAACAAACAAAAAACAGAUUUGAGUAUUGUCACCAUAGAAAAAAAAAUGCAUUAUUUCAAGAGUGUGCAAAACUAAAUUGUUCUUUCAACAAUGCUGUGUAUACUUAUUUAUCUUUCAGUUACUGUAGGAAUUCUGUUGUGUAUAAUUGUUCUGUUACAAACUGCAGUGAACUUUCAAAAUGAUCUCACAGUAUUUAGUUUUCACUUUUUGAGACGGAGUUUUAUUUGAUGUUUUGUUGCUUUCAAUACAAGAUUGUUUUCUUGGUAUACUUUCAUUAUUACUCAGCUGCAGUGAUACACUAAGUAGUAGUGAGCCUUUGUGAUUCAGACACCAGAAUCCCUUCACUGUUGUACUGAAUUGUGAAAAUUUGUAUUCACACAAACUGUGGAAGAUAUCAGUUGAUCCUGAAGGAUUUUCUUUUUCACCUACCCAGAGUAAUUCUGAUCUCAUUCUGUUACUGCAUGUGGCUUAUACAGUUAUUACUAAUAAGAUCGUGAAAUUGUUCUGUGCGGAGUCUGAGAAGUGUUCUGCUGAUGAAUAUAGUCCUCCAAAACAGGAAGAACAAUUUUUUGUUCAAAGUAAGCAUUUUGUAAUUAUUUGAUGCAUGCAACUAUGAAGAUUAAUUUGUAGUGGAUUAAUUUUUUGUUAUUGUAAUAAAAUACCAAGCAAGAUUAUUA